UUAUUUUAACUGACAAUGCUGUUUGAAUUUAAAUUGUAGUCUGGAACAAAUCUGUGCUAAUUUUGAAAGUUUUUAUUGACAAAUAUAUAUAUAUAACUAUCAAAGUGUGAAUACUCAAAUAUUAUGGAUAAAUUUGAAACUCUGAAGGAUGAUGAAUUAGCGACAAUUACAUUAAAGUCUAGGCAUGAUCUACUGACUAAAUUCAAGAAACUUGAUGAAGUAAGUGCAGAGACUUUUUAUAUCGAUAUUUUGAAGAAUAUUAAAGAUUUCAUAACAGUGGAUAAAACACACCUUUUGGAACAUUUGAAUUGGUUGUUAUAUAAAAUUGGUAAACAUAAAAAAGAGGAAAAUUUGCAACAUUAUUUCGAAAGUGCAAAAACUCAUUUUCAGAAUUUUAAUCUAAUUAUUAUAGCUUGUAGAAACAAAGCAAUCGAUGCUUUGAGUCUGAUUUUAGGAGACAAGAAAAAAACUCUGUACAAUUUGUCAUGUAAAAUUCAUAAUAGUGACAUUUCAUCCUAUGAUCUCGAUGAAUUCAAUCACAAUGUUUUUUAUUAUGCUAUUCGUUCUAAUAAUACUGACAUGCUAAGUCUUCUGAUUGAUAAAUGGCCAAAUAAGAAUCUUCGUGAAGAUUUGGAAGAAUUAGAUCAUCUUUUGUCGAGGAGUUUCAAAGAAUUAAAAUUAAGAAAUGUAUUUUUAACAACAGAAAUGGAGCUAUGUGUUCAUAAUGAAAUAUUUAAUAUUCGUUUUUUUCAUAGAAAUCCCAAUGAUGUGAGCAGUGGAAACUCGAUUGUUCACAUCAAGAAACGAAUUGAGUUGCUGAUCGAAAAUAUUAAAAUGAUUAAAUCUUCUUAUUUGUAUUCUGACCCGGAUGAAGAAUUCAUGCUUUUAGCCGAAUUCAUAGUGAAGAAUAUCCAUGUACUGAAAUCGGUUUUGAGAUCUACUUACGAUAAACUUCCUUGGGAAGAAAUUGAAUUUUACUUAACAAUUUUUAUUCAAUUCUGUAAGAAAACAUUGGGAGUAAAUUUAGUGUACAACACUGUGCUAAAAAAAGAACAAAUUCUAUUGUAUUUGGAGAAAUUUUCUCACAUUCUAGAAUCUGAAAAGAAAAAUAUUGAAAAUAGUGAUAUCAAGACACUUUGGAAGAGUUUAAAAUUGGAAAGAGAUAAGGUAGUCGAAAAUAUAAUUCAAAACAAUUCGGUAUUUAAGAAUUUAUAUGCUGAUUACGAAAAAUUGCGAGAUUUUUGCAGUUUAGAGACAAUACAGCAUUAUACAGAUUUAGCUAAUUCUGCAGAUGUAUCUAAGCUGGAAGGAAAGCUACUCAUUAUAAGAGCUCUGCAAGUUACAGGUGAACAUACUAAAAUGAAACUUUAUACUCCAAAAUUAUCAGGUAAGACAGCACGUCUCUUACUUUACUCUUUACCUUCUGGAACAAGAAAAGUGAUUGAAAAGUUACGAGAUUCCUUAUCACAUGGUAAUUACUCUGUAGUUCAAUCAGAAAUAGAAAACAAUUCUUUCAGUUUCUUUAAAGAUAUACAAAUCGACAUGUCAAAAGUGAAUAGUUUGGCUGCUGAAAUUCUUUCUGAAAUCAAAACUGAGCAGAUUGAAAAAUUAUUGCUGAAUUUAAAAAAUUGCAAAUAUUGGAAAGAUGUCAAAGACCUUUUAGAAAUAUAUUCUUUUUCGUAUGAAUCGAUUGUUGCUGAAAUAAAGAAACUGGACUUUAGUAGGCUGAUUAAAAGUGAUUCUGAAUGCUUAUGGGAAUUGCUGGAAAGUUUUUAUAAUCUUGUUGGUGAAAAGCGACCUGAUGAAGAUAUGUCGUAUCGGGGAAUUUAUUCCGCGAUACAAUACGAAAAAGAGGAAUUUAGGAAUAGGAAGGAAGAAAUUACAUCAAUUUUUUAUAAACUUCACAAUGUCUAUGGAAUUAGUCAGGUUGUGGAUUGUAAUGAUGUGUUUAAUUUUGAUUUGCUGUCUUGUGAUCUUGAGGUAACUGAUAUUUCAACUGCGUAUAAAAAGAACUAUGCAGGAGAAUUAGCAAUACAGCUUUUACAGAGUAUUCUCCCGAGAAUUCCACCAGGAAAUAAUGAAAUAUGGAAAAAAGUCUGGCAGAUGUUCUAUUUAAUAGAAUUUCAGAUGGGCAAUGUUAAGUGGAUAAAGGAAUUUGCAGAUAUUCUGUAUUUGCAGAAAGAGAAAAAAGUAUAUUCAAAAGAAGUGCAAAUGCAACAUGUCUUAUUUUCAAAAAUUUCUACUCUUGAAACGAUAUUAAAAGAGAAUGAUUUGCUAGAUAGUUUGCUUACAUCGAAUUUAUCUUUCUUUGAAAAGAACAGAAAACUACAGGCAAUUAUAGAAAUGUUAGAAUUAGAUAUUUGCUCUCUUUUAGAGGAUUAUUGCACAUAUAACAAUUUCUUUUUAGACAACGAUUAUACUUUGCAAACAGGUCAUAAUUUGCGAAAUAAUUUGGCUCAUAUGAAUGCCUUAAUAAAUGAUUUAUCACCAUCAGCUUCUCAACAAGUUUUACUGAACGCGCGGAAGCUUGCAACUGAGAACUUCGUGGACAGUGAUAAGAAAAUUGGUCAAGUAGAAAAAUGUGAUUCACAUAAAUUAGAGACUACUCACAGUAAAAACUUAUUCAUAAUUCGAAAUCAGAGAGAAUUAUUUGUUGCUCUUUCAGAAGGAAAUAUGGAUAAUGUUCGAAAGUGCAUCAAGAAAGGAGCGGAUAUUUUUGGAAAAGAUAAGGAAUCGAGAUCUUGUUUGCAUUUUUCCUCUCAGGCACCAAACAUUGAAGCUAUGGAAUAUUGUCUCAAACAAGGAUUAGACAUUAAUUCAAAAAGUUCUAAAGAUGAGACUGCUUUACAUACUGCUGCCAAACUUAAUAGGUUGAAAAUAGUCGAAUAUUUAUUGAAGAAGGGUGUGUCUGUCAGUAGUCGUAACGCUCAAGGUCUAACACCGCUGCAUAUUGCUGCAGAAAAUAAUAGUCAAGAUGUCGUUAAAUAUUUGUUAGAACAUAAAGCACAGACAUCAGUAUCUGUGUUUCCUUUACCACCCUUACAUUAUGCAAUUUACAAAGGCAGCAUCGAAGCAGCGAAAAUUCUGUUAGAUAAUGAGCCAAAUGUUGAUAAAAUUAAAUCUCAUGGUGGUUUCACAGCAUUAUACACAGCUGCAGAAAAAGGAGACCCUUAUCUAGUAAAGUUGUUGAUGGAAAAGAAUGCUAGAGUUGAUGCCAGAGAUGAUUUCGAAAACACCCCCUUGCACGUGGCAUGCUUAAAGUCUCAUCUAGAUGUUGUGGAGAUUCUAAUUUCAAAAGGUGCAGAUAUUAAUGCUAAAAACAUUGAAGGAAAUACUCCUCUACACAAUGCCGCAAAGAAUGGCAAGAAAUCUACUGCAAAAUUUUUAUUGCACCAUGGAGCUGAUAUAUAUGCAAAAAAUUACCAUUUCUAUAUUCCUCUGCAUUACGCCGCUAAAAAUGGGCACUUAGACAUAGCAGAACUGUUUCUGAAAACAGACAGUAAUCUUGUACAUGCAAUAAAUUACUUGAGGCAGACACCAUUACAUUUUGCAGCUUGUAAAGGACAUACGAAAUUAGUUAAUCUGCUGUUAAAGUUUAAUGCUAUAAUAGAUAGUAAAGAAAAUACCAACGCUACCGCACUCCACAUCAGUUUAUGUAACGGUCAUUUAGAAGUCAUUCAGUCUUUGAUUGAAAAGGGUGCUGAUAUUGAAGUCAUAGGAACAGCAAAAAAAUGCAAACCAUUACAUCUGGCUUCUCAUCUAGGAAAUGUUCAGAUAGUGGAAUUAUUGACUUCUAAAGGUGCAGACAUCCAUUCUAGAGAUGCUAGUGUUCAAGCUACACCUUUAGUCAUUGCUGCUUUACGGAGGCAUAAAGAUGUAGUGAAAUUAUUAGUAGCAAAAGGAGCCGAUUUCCGAGAAAUUUUCAAAUUAGGAACGGAUCCAGUGAAUUUAACAAUUUUUAAUGCACUAAGUGAAUUGCUUUUAGAUGAAAAUAUAGAAAUGAAUUUAUCUGUUGUUGAGAAUCUUGAGCCAAUAUUGCUGCUAGCAGGUGGAUUUGGACAUCAAUUGAUGAUAAAAUUCUGCCUUGAAAAGGGUUGUUAUAUUAAUGCUAGAAAUGAAUUUGGAUCAACAGCAUUGCAUUUAGCUGCCAUUAGCAAUCAUCAAGAGGUUGUAACUUUUCUACUUGAAAAUGGCGCAGAUAUUAAUGCUGAGGAUUCUGAAGGUAAUACAGCAUUAUUUUUAGCUGCUAAACACAAUGCCAAAGAAACUGUUUGCUUUUUACUUAAUAAAAAAACAGAAAUCACCAGAUUUUCCACAAAUGGCAUUAAUACAUCUUUGUAUUUAGCAGUUUUGUCCGGUCAUGCAUCUAUUGUAGAUGUGCUAUUUAAGGAAUGUGAGUUUGAUAUUCUUAUACUUCAGGAAAAGUAUGAUUUCCUACACAGAGCAUCACAAUUUGGUCACAGAAAAGUGGUUGAAACUUUGUUGAAGGAAGGAUUUAAAAUCGAUGCUCCUUGGUGUAGUCUUACUCCCCUCCAUCAUGCUGCAGUUCACAAUCGUUGCGAAAUAGCGCGUCUUUUAAUUUCAAGAAGAGCCAACGUGAAUGCUCAAGAUGCAGAAGGCAAAACUCCUCUUCACUUAAUCGUUGAAGGAGAUAGCAUCGAAAUGCUUGAAAUAUUGUUAAAUGGAGGAGCUGAUAUUUCCCUUAGAAAUAAUAAAAAUCAAUCUGUAGUGGAAGUAGCAGUAAGUAGCAAUCGAUUGGAAAUAAUUAAACAUUUGACACAAAAGCAAGAUAUCAAUAUUAAUUCUAUAGGUAUGAAAGGGUUCUCUUUGUUACAUAUUGCUGCAGAAAUCGGAUCACUAGAAAUAACAGAGUAUCUCACUUUAAGAGGAGCCAAUAUCAACGCUAAAGAUAUGAAUGAUUCUAAACCUAUUCACAUAGCAGCACAGAAAAGCCACAAAGCUAUUGUCGAAUUUUACUUGAAUAAAAAUAUUGGUGUUAAUGAUUUAGGGCAUCAAGAUUUUACACCACUGCAUUUUUCUGCUUUGGAUGAUAAAAUAAACGUUUGUGAAUUAUUAAUUCAAAGAGGUGCUGACGUUAAUGCUUUUGCAAAAAAUGGAAUGACUCCUAUUCAUCUAGCAGUUUUCAAUGACAGCGGAGAUGUCUUUCGUAUUUUGUUACAUAACGGCGCAUAUUAUAAUACUUUUGACGUUUCUAGCAGUUCGAAGUUAGCAGAGAUUGAAAAUGAAUCGAUUAAAUGUGUUCUAAAAAUAAUUGAGAAAUUAUUUAUUGCCAUAGAAAAUAAUGAUCCUUUGGAAGUCGAACAUCACCUUAAGGAAGUGGAUCAUCAUCCAAUGUUUAGUAUUGUAAAUGUAAGAUGCGUGACAAAUGAGACCCCUCUUCUUCGUGCUUCAAGAGAAGGUUACAAAGAAAUCGUCGAUCUUUUGCUGAAAUUCAAGGCAAAUCCAAACAUUGGUGACAAGCAAAAGCUCAUGCCUUUGCAUUAUGCUGCUAGGUUUUCACAUUUGAAAAUAGUCAAAACUUUGCUGAUGAACGGUGCAAUCUAUAAUGCACCAUGUUUGCUUGGAAAAAGUCCUCUAAAAUAUGCCACAGAUCAAAAAAUUGUUAACUUGUUGCGUUUCGCUAGCAAGGUCUUUACAAAAAUCAAGAACAAAAACGAAUCUGUGCUGAAAGAUUUGAAAAUGGCAAAUAACGAAGAAUUUUCCAAAUUGUUGCUGAGAGCCAAAGAUCUUAAAGGUAAUACUCUAGUAACGGCUGCCAUUUUGAGCGAUUUUCCAAAAACUGAACAGUUGAAAGCACUGUUUCAAGAUGAUAUAAUUCAUCAAUGGAAAUUAGUCGACACUUUGAAUUCCCAGCAGAAUUACUUGGAAGCUUCUGGUAAAUUAAAAAUUAUCUUAGACAGGAGAAUUGAAAUAUUUGGAGAAGAAAGUCCAGCUACAUUAGAUGUUCAAGAAGGAUUAGUUCGUGCGUAUCUAAAUCAACAGAAAAAUGGAGAAGCCCUAGAUUUACUUCAGGAAAUUCAUCAAAAAAGGAAGUGUAUUUUUAGUGAAUACCACAAAGAAACUUUGGUGGCGAAGCAUCUAAUGGCUUUAGUUUUUCGCAGGCAAGGAAAAAUUCCCGAAGCAUUCGAACUUUUCAAAGAAAUUUUAAAAUACAAAAACGUUUUUGAAAAAUCACAUGUGGACCUUUCAUAUGCCGAAAUGGAGACGAGUUUAAUAUUGGCAGGAAGGGGAGAUUUUCUCGAAGCACUGAAAAUGGUCAAUGAUGUCUUAGAUAAAAGUAAUGAAGUAUUUGGGACACAUCAUAAAAUUACCCUAGAUGUUCAGAAUAAUAAAGCUGCGAUAUUACAGAUGCAAGGAAACUUUCUAGAAGCAAAAGAAAUAUUUGAAAAAGUUUAUAACUUCAGAAAAAAUAGAUUGCCAUGUUAUCACAUGGAUGUUUUGAAAAGUCUAUCAAGUGUAGGAAGAACGUUGUGCCAAUUAAAAAAGUAUGACGAAGCACAUAAAAUUUUCAAGGAUAUCCAAAAAAUUUUAAAACGACACUAUCCUCCGAAUCAUGUUUUUAUUUUGACAAAUGAAUCCGAUAUUGCAAUGAUAUUCCUCGAAUUAGGAAUGAAAAUAAAAGCGUUGAAGAUGUUUUUGACUGUUGAAUUAAAAAUUACAAAACUGGAAGCGAGCCAUCCACUUGUGCAGAGGAAUAAGAAAGAAGUUGAAUCAGUUUUAUUUAGACUAAUGGUGAUAGAUUGUCAAUGGAUGGUAGAGAAAAUUCGAAUGGAAUUAAAACAAGAUGAGGAAAGGAGAAUCGCAUUGCAUACAGCAAUUGCUAACGGAGAAAGAGAAAAAAUUAAUAUUUUACUGGACAAUAAAACUGAUAUUUUCAUGGAUACUAAUGAAGGCGAUACAGCUCUACAUCUUGCUUCAGCCAAAGGAUACGAUGACAUUGUAGAGAUGAUAUUUAAUCACACCAAAAGAUGGAAUCCAUUUGCUGCAACGGACUUAGCAAAUGCAAAGAAUAGCACCCUUUCGACAGCCCUGCACCUCGUUUCCAAUGUGAAGAUAGCUAAAACUUUGUUGAAACACGGAGCAAUUUAUAAUGACAAAAACGCCGUUGGUCAAACACCUCUUGAUCUGGUUCGUGAUGAAAAAGUAUUUGACUUGCUUCAGACAAUCGAUGACCUGUUCAACGAUGUCCGAAAUGGGAAUCGCAGGGUGCUUAAGAGACUUAACAUACUUGAUCAUGAUGAAGUCCUGGCUGCAGCAAACGCCCGUAAUUCUCAAGAUCAAUGCUUGCUGCAAGUUGCAAUUGCUAAUCAUCAAAAGGAUAUUGCUCGAGAAAUACUAAAUUGGUUGAAAAAGAUAACCGACAAAUGAUGUCACCAAAGCUGCAAAGUAACACCAUGGAAGAAGAGUGCCAAGUUGGAAUUUUGUCAAAACAAAGUCAACUACUUUAAGUUCUGAUGAUGGAAUUUGGCCACUAGAUAGAAAUGUCUCAAUGAAUCCUGGAGCUUUUGUGGGGACUGUUUUAAAAAUAAGGAUUCUACAUAAACUCUGAGCACAAUUCUUUCAGAAUCAUGAAGAGCGAUUGAAUAUAAUAAAGAAUUUUCUGUCCUCUAAAUGAAAGACAAGCAAAUAAAGUUAUACUAAAUGACAUAUUUUGUAAAUGAAU